CCCCGCCGAGCGCUCCGGAAGGGGCUGGGCACGGCGCGGCCGACAAGAUGGUGGCCACCAGGCAGGCGGUGAGGCGGUACGGGCAGGUGCCGCCGGCAGCGGGGGGCCCCGGUAGCACCCCCGGGCCACGGCCCGCCGGGGCGGCGGAGGUGACAUCUGCUGAAAUUGGUACUUCUGUAUCUACAAGGAUGCCCAGAAGGAGUAGAGCUGUUUGUAAGCCUGAGGUAAUUAAAGAAUCUCAGCUUGAACAGGUGGAACACACAGAAGCAAAAUCAGAUGCCAGUGAUAGCUUAGAGAUAAGAACUACUAGAAAUGAGAACACAGCUGUUCAUUCAGCACAACCAGCUGCCGAAUCCCAGGUUGAUGGGGAUGUGUCAGAAGCAGAAUCAAACUGCUCUGCUGUGUCUGGUCUUCAGACACCUUUGAUUAUAAGAAUAACAAGAAGACGACAAAUUGUAGUUCCUUAUCAACCAGAUUCUCCAGCAAAAAAAAGACACGACAAGACAGCUUUUCUAAAUGAGUUAAGCAGGACUCUGGAUGAAGAUGAUAUCUCUGAAGCUGAAUCUUUUUCCAGCGUUUCUGGUGUCCAGAUGCCUAACGUUUCCAGAACUACAAGAAAAAGGCAAAGCAAAAAGAAGUUACAACCAGAUCCAGUCUGUGAAGCCCAGAGUGAAGAUAAUUCUGAUGCAGAGUCAUGCUGUUUUCAUAUGGAACAGCCCAUUACUACCAAACGACUUACUAGGAGCAUGCGAAUGAAAGCACAAGCAGAAAAUAAUGAGGAAGUAAACAGAAUUGUUUCAGAAGAUGAGAAUUUAAUUGAGGACACGGUUAAAUCUGAGCCAUUAAUAAUUUCUGAUUCCAGAUCUGCUCCACAAUUAGUCUCUGACAAAAAAGAUGGUUCUUCUGUCACCACACAUAAUAAAGGAUCCAGUUUAUCUACAAGCAAAUGUUCUUCCAAAUCUGCUAAUGCAACCUUAAAUGAAGAUGUGAAACAAGACUUUUUGAAUGAUACAACACUCAGUAGUCUUCCAAAAAUGAAACAAAGUAGUAAUACUGAAUCGCCCAGAAAAAAAGAAAUAAAAGAUACACAAAUUCUUGGGGUAGAUGAUUCAGAGGAAGAAUGUGACAAAGUUCAAGAAGAGUACAGUAAAAUACUUGUGAGGGGGGUGAAGUUAAAGAAUAUGGAUCUUUGUUUAACUGACUGCAUGAGUCCCAAACAAUUGUUAGAAUCCGAAGGGCAAAUAACACCGAAUGAAAGUAAGAAAGUUCCAGAAUACAAAAGAAUAGAUGCUGAGGCAGCGGUAGAGAGGUCUUUUGCCCAUGCAAGUGAAUUAAGAAAGGAUGAACAAUCUAGUGCAGUGAGCAGCCCACAGGAGGAUGCACCUGUUGCCCAAAUAACUGACAGUGUUGCUGGUAGAUGUAGAAUGCUUGAAAACAGUGUGGACGGUAGUGAAGACCAAACAAUAGAAUAUGCUGAUUCUGUAUCCCAUAGCAGUGAAAGAUCAAGCAGUGGAAAUAAUUCCCUUGCAUUGUUUCUGAGCAAAGAUGAAAGUGAUGAAUCUGAAAAUAGUGAUGUGGCAGACACAGAUACAGUGGAAGAGAAUAAGAGUUACAUGGAGGCAGAUGAAAGGACUCCUGCCAUGAGCAAACCUUUAAAAAAGAAUUCACUGUAUGUUGAAGGGCUUUUUGUAAUUGAUACUGAGCCUGGCAUGGGUUCCAACCAAAAGUAUUAUCUAGAUCAGGUAGACCAAGCUAGUGAUGUUGAAAGUAAACAUGAAGGAAAUGAAAAAGUUGAAGAAUCCUCAGAUCUAGAAGAGGCAGAAGAAGAACUGAUAGAUGAAGAUGAGAAAGAUGAAGAUGAUGAUUUAUUGAAAAAUAAAAUCGAUGUUUUGCAUCUUUCCAGCAGCAUAGACCCUGGCUUGAACAUUAAAAAGCUUGGAGGCUUAUAUAUAAGCUUUGAUGGAAAAAAACAAAAGCCUAGUUCAAGCGUAAUUAAACAACCGAUGGAGAAAAAGAAGGACCAGCUCUUGCAGAAGAGUAUAAUAACUCCAGAUUUUGAAAAAAAGGAAUGUGUCCCACCCUUCAGGGAAUCACUUCACCAGCUAAAGAAACAGCGCAGAGCAGAGCGAGAGAAGACAACAGGUGAUGGCUGGUUUGGUAUGAAAGCCCCAGAAAUUACAAGUGAACUGAAAAAUGAUCUUAAAGUUUUGAAGAUGAGAGCUUCAUUGGACCCUAAGCAUUUUUAUAAAAAGAAUGAUAGAGAUGGUCUACCCAAGUAUUUCCAGGUUGGAACUGUGGUUGAUUCUCCCAUAGACUUUUAUCAUAGUCGAAUUCCUAAGAAACAAAGGAAGAAAACAAUUGUUGAAGAGCUGCUUGCAGAUUCUGAGUUUAGAAGAUAUAAUAAAAGGAAGUAUCAGGAGAUCAUGAGUGAAAAAGCAGCUUUUGCAGCAGGGAAGAAGAAUCGGAAGAAGAAGAAAUUUCACAAUUAAGACUUGAAGAAAAAUAACAAGCUGGAACAACUUAUCUGUUAUAAAACUUUCCACAGAUUUCUUUGGUUCAUGGUGUGUUUUUUUUUUUAAGAUUGAAAGUCAUGUAAACUGAGGGUUAGGGAAAUUUCUGCUGUAGGUAUGUCUUAGGAAGCUUUAUCCAAAAAAAAGUGAGUCUAAUGUAUAUUUAAUGUUUAUUUUAAAAUUUGAUUAUUUGAAAGCAUAUUGUUAAAUCUGAGAACAACAUCCAAAUUCAUUGGUUAUAUCUUGUUCAGUCUUCAGUCUUUGUGUGACUGAAUUAGUAAAUUUAGUUUAAAAUUAGGCAUGCAAUUCACCUUCACGCCCAUUAUAUAUUGUAGCAACUUUUUCUAGGUCUUACCAGAGGUGCUUCUGGCCAAAUCUGUAACAGAGGGUAUUGAGAAAUAGUUUGGUUUUGAAGAGUUUAUUUCAACACUGAACGUAACAGGGAUGAGAAUGCUGUGGAAUUUAGCAUAUGCACAUAUAUACAAAUAAUAUAUGUAACUAUAAAUAAAUAUUGAAGUAUAUAGUAUUGCUUAAUUCAUAAAAUAAUACAGUAGCUAUUUAUAUGCAAAGUUUUAACAUCUAGUCUUCUGUCACUUUUAUUAGCUUUUACCAUUUAAUCAUUGUUUAAUGAUUUUUACGAAAAGAAUUUGACAAUUGGCUCCAUUACCUAGGGUGUGGUCUGCAGAUUGUGGUCUACUAGCUGAUUUGGAAUAGUUAUUCAGGAAAAUGAAUAGAGUGAGUUUAGAAGAACUAAAGAUGGUAUUAGUUCAGCUUCCCUUCAGUGACAGUUUAUAAUGCACUGUGAUUGCAAAAAGUUUUGUGCUGUUUGUUUUUUAAUGACCUAGUUACUGUAUUGCUGUUACAGUCAGUUUAAUUCAGUUAUUGCAGAAAAGAGAGAUAAUAGAAGAAAUAAGACUGUUACUGCAUUGUCUCAGAUGGAUUGGGUGAGGAAUAUAUAAAAGAGAUUAUCAGAGGACAAGUGAUAUUUAUUGUUUUCUUGAAAGUCCUACUGAAUUUUAAAGGUUGUAGAUUUUAAGUGAAAAGGAUGUUUUUGUCCAGUGUUUAACUGAUUUUUUUUUUUUUUACUCCUGAGAAUGAGUAGGUUUUUUAUGUGUUUUAUUUUAAGGAUAUUAGCUAUUUGUGCUGGAGGUAGCUAAAAUGAAAUGAGAAUCAUGGUAUUUACUGAUCACCAACUGAAAUAUGAAAGAAAAUUUCCCAUGACCCUUCAGAUUUUUUAUAUUCUCUUGAAGUUAACCAUAAAUAUUCAUUACCAAGCACAGACAGGGACGUAGAUUCCUUAAGAAGCGCUGGUUGCCUGGAGAUAAAUGGUGCACAAAGUAAAGUGAAUUUGCUGGGAAGUAUGAAACAUGUAGACGUAGAGCCACUUGCCCCCAAGUCCCUGCUACCAUGCAGUAUUAUUCUAAUACAGUUGUAUGUAAGCUAAAAUCUUGAACCUGUAAAUGAUAAAAAGCUAAUAAAAACAACUAUGGUGUCUUGUUCUCUGGAUGAGAAAUGGAAGCGCAGAAAAUGAAUACUGAACACUGAGGAAAGAAAACAAGCCACCAGAGUAGUUGCUAUUCUGUCACGUCUUGGGAUGUUCUAGCUGAACUCCAGAAAAGCAAUGUGCUACCGUGAAGGGCCCUAGGAGAGAAGAGCAAGUUCUGGUUUUAAGCAGCAAGCAACAGCGCCAUGCUGGUUGUUGAGGCUGCUCAAUAGCUUGUUGCAAAUCUUUAAACAAGCUAAUUUAUACCCACAUUGCUAGUGUGGGAUUUGUUUUAUGUUCUUUGUCUUUGCCCUUCCUUCAGAUGUUCUUAUGUCUUCUGUUUUGCCACAUGCUGUGUGUAGCAAGUGCUCCUGUUCUACUGUGGAAGCGAGAAGGGGACACAUGAAACAGUGUGAGCAGGGCUGCAGGGCAGGACCUGCACCUCACGUUUGCCAACGUGCUGGCCAACUACUGCCUCACCUUGUACUUCAUUCAGCUUCUUCCAGUGAAGGCACUGGUUGGCAUAUUGUUUUGCAAUAACCUAUCUUCAUAAAAGCAUAGGAACAUAAUACUUUGGAGUACUCCUUAAUUUCAAUUUAAUCAAUUGAAUUUGAUUAAAAGUGACAAAUUUUAAGUUGCUAGUGAGAGCAGGUGAAAAAAUGCACCAUGUGACUCCAUAAGCUUACCAGAUGAUCAGAAUUCUCUGAAAAUACUCAAAUUUGUCAAAAAAAAAAAAAAAAAAAAAAAGUUAAACACCGGCAUAAUUUGUAAAACUAUUUGCCUAUACGCUGCAAGCAUUUUCUUGUAAUUGUGCUGUCAGAAAUGCUUGUGUUACAUUAAUUCUGCCUGCAAUGAUAUAAACAGUUACUGACAAAUUUCCCUGAGAUUAAAGAGCAACAGAAACGUAGCUGAGGGUGGCUGAGAUGGUCCUGGGGCAGUACCACCAGUAGUUAUGGUUAAUUUAGGUGCAGAAGUAAAAUACUUCUCAUUUUCCUUUGUUGCUCAUGCUUCCUUUUUCCGUACCUUGGGCACUUUUAAUCUCCCUGCAAUCAACAGUCCCUUUAAAAUUGAAGCUGCCUAAUGAUAUGUCCAAUUUAUAUUGUUAUAAUUCUUGAUUCUUUUCCUUCUGAUUCUCUUAAUGCAUUCUGAAAGACUAUGUGUGUAUUGUCUUUGCAACAUUUUCUUCAAGGCCCUCUUCACACGCACGUUUUGUGGAGUUGGCUCCCUGUACUUCCCCACUGGGGCUCGUGCCUGCGUGCUGGGAGAGCCGUCCCUGCUGCUCCUGCCUGCGUGCUUGCGCCAGGGAAUUCCCCGCUUCGCCAUCAGGCAUGUCUCUUAAUUAACUUACGCCCUUUGGCACUGCUCAGGUAUGGUCGUGUAAAUGUUGCUCGCAACAUGCAGAUACAAACAUGUGAAAGCUUCAGCCUUCUAUUUUUUUCACUGGGGUCUAGACAGAUUUUGUGGCACUAUCCUUAAAUACAAAACUUAGGGGAGCAGUAGUUGGAAAUGAAUGCAUUGCUGGAAGUGAUGGGAUGAGGAAGAUUUUGUCUGUCGCUUGACUUGGUUACUUUUAUGGGAUUCAUGGAAGAGAGGUUAGUGUUGGCUACUUCACUGUGAAUUCUGGGAAAACCAGAUGUUUUUGUUAAGGCCUGUACAUAUUUUAUAGCUAGAUUGCAUUCCUGAAUGGGCUUCUCUACUGUCAAACAGUCAUAGUUGAUGUUACAGCGUGGCUGACUUUCAGUUACAGGGGUUUACCUUGGUUUUAAAUAAACAUUAUUAUGAUAUGAAAGAGAGACUAGUCACCUGUGCAGGAUUAAAAAGCAAUUUUUUUAUUUUAAGAAAUUAAAUAUAAUUAAUGAAUUACAUCGUGAAUUUAUUGUGAAUAAAUCAUGAAUUUAUUUCAGUCA